AUGUCAGCAGCUGAUCCUGUGUCAUGUGUGUUCGCGGCAACAUCAAGGGACCACCCCGUGCACCUGUGGGAUGCCAUGACCGGCCAGCUGCGCUGCACGUACCGAGCAUACGACCACAUGGACGAGAUUGCUGCUGCGCUCUCUCUCACCUUCUCUGCUCACGGACACAAGCUCAUCUUGGGCUUCCCGCGCUGUCUGAGAGUGUUUGACACGAGCAUACCGGGGCGUGACUGCCAGCAGCACAGCACGGGCGCCAAGGGGCGCGGCCAGACAGGUCUGCUCUCCUGCCUGGCCACCAACCCGUACGUGGCGGGCCUUGUGGCUGUGGGGUCAUACGAUGGCACUGUGGGGCUGUACGGCGACCUGGGCAGGGAGGCCAUGGCAGUCAUGCACGGGCACGCAGGGGGAGUCACACAGGUGCUCUUCUCUCAGGAUGGCAACUUCCUCUACUCGGGUGCACGCAAGGAUCCAGCCAUCCACUGCUGGGACGUGCGCAACACAUCAGGCGUUGUGUACAGCAUGCAGCGGUGUGUGACAUCCACCAAUCAGCGCAUUGCAUUCGACAUCGACCCAUCCAACCGCCACCUUGCCACUGGGGGAGAGGAUGGUCAAGUGUGGGCGUUUGACCUCGCCACAGGCUCCAAGAUCGCAGCAUUCCAAGCCGCUCAAGAUACCGUCAACGGGUUUGCCUUCCACCCGUGCCUGCCGCUAGCUGCCACGUCAUCAGGCCAGCGCAGGUUCCACCUGCCGUCCCUCACACCUGCCAGCCCACCUGAAGCUGGCACCUGCUCACCUGAAGCACCUGCUGUUUCACCUGAUGAGGGACGCGUUUCUCUUGAGUCUAUAGCGGCAGGUGUUCACAACGCAUCGGAUCGGCUCCACAAGUUCAAUAACUGCGCCGCUCUGUGGCAAUUCCAUUGCACGUGGGGGUGA